CACGCGGACGACAUCGGUAACGAACUCCCCAAAGAUGUAAAGUUGACCACAAGUUUUUGUGUAAAAAGAUUAGGAUGGUAUUAGUUUAUAAACUAUUACAAAGUCAACUGUCUAUACCAAAUUAUGUGAAAAUUUUAAAUAGGCGUUGUAAAUCAUGGAAGAUCAACACGGAUGAUUUUGGUUAUAUUUUGCGUUUUAGAGCUCGAUUUUACAGCAAUUUCUUGAAUUGUCGGUUUCAAGUUAGAGCAGUUUAAAAGGGGAUUUGAUUCAAACAAAUUUCUUUGCAUUACUUGCAAGGUUGAGGGUUUGAGGAAUUUAAUCUUCGCAUGGAACCAAUGGAUAGUGUGGGCAAAUCCAAAGAUGAUGUUGGGCUUCCUAGAGCAAGCACAUUUAAAACUAUAAAAGAGAUGCUGCCCCCUGAUGUACGUGUUUCGAGAGAUUGCCAAGAUCUUCUCAUUGAGUGUUGUCAUGAGUUUAUCAAAAUGAUAUCAUCAGAGUCCAAUGAAGUUUGUAGCAGAGUGGAAAAACGCACCGUUGCACCAGAGCAUCUUCUGGGAGCCUUGGAUGUUCUUGGCUUUAGAGCCUAUAUUCCUGAGGUUCGUGCUACAUAUGAACAGCAUAAGCUUGAGACAUUGGAUUCUCCAAAAACUGGUCAAUGGGCCAGAGGAGCAGACAUGACGGAAGAAGAAGCUCUAGCUGAACAACAAAGGAUGUUUGCUGAGGCCCGUGAACGCAUGAAUAAUGGGAAUGCAAAUAUUACCAGGCAGUCAGACUCAGAUUGAAUAUCUAUUAUACCCCUUUUCUGACAUUGGAAAAUAGCUCUUUAUAGUCAUCCUUGUAUGAUAUUUUACUAAAGCUAAGGAGGACCUGUGUUGAUGAAGGAUUCCAAGAAUCAAUAGUUUUUCGCAUGGAGACACCUUAGAAAGCUACAUAUUUAAGUGGUUGUGCAACCUUUUUUUUUUGACACCAAUAUUAUUUAUCCAUGCAUUAGAUUUUUUAAGAUUA